AUGGAGGCCUUUUUAAUGGACCUCUCGUCUGUCGUCAGCCUUUCCAAGCUUCUCGUCAUUCGCUUCACCUGGAAGCAUACUUACAUCCUGGUGACUUCCAUUAUCGACGACUGGUCGAUGUCUCGAAACAAGCAACAACGGGAAGUUAUGAUGAGGUACACCCAUAUCGGCAGAGUGGUGUCUUUGACGAUAUUAUAUCUGGGCUACGCAUCAGGAGUCUCGUUUCUUUUCAUGGCCGUACCGUUCGACAAUUUGAUACCUUGGCUAAACGUCUCCAAGGUGAAUGAUAAUGACUCGAUAACGACGUAUUUUCUAGCAACCUAUUGCGUUUUUGGGUCGCUACCAACGAUCACCUAUAGCUGCGUCCUGUUACUGCAAACGGCGCAGAUCUUCGUCAAUGCUACCUCGCAUUGCGGAAAUGAUGGUUUCUUCUUUGGUCUCGCGAUGCAUCUAUGCGGGCAGUUUGAAGUACUGCAAAUGGAUUUUGCUGGCAUCGAAGUGGAAAAACAAAACUGUAAAAGAAAAAUACGGACGUUAAUUAUCAGACAUUGCCAUUUAAUAAGACUAGCUGACAGUUUUGAGUAUGCUUUCAACAUGGCUAUCUUAACACAGGUUUCAAUGAGCGUGCUGUUGCUUUGUGUAGAAGCAAUAAAACACGUUGUCUUAAUUCUGACGAUGUUAGUGCAACUGUAUCUUUAUUGCUAUGCUGGAGAUCAGCUGGAGAAUGUAACCGGAAGGAUCGCGUACAGCGCUUACGAUAGUCCAUGGUACGAUUUUGAUGUAAAAAUAAUGAAAGAUCUACCUAUGGUGAUGCUUCGAGGAAAGUUACCUCACCAAACAACAGCCGGAAAAUUUUUGCCGAUGAACUUAUUUUCAUUCAAAGAAAUUUUGAAAGCUACAGGCUCCUACCUUUCCGUUCUCAGAGUGAUGAUAGAUGUGUAA